AUGUCUGCACCAAAGAAUUUCAACUUUAACGUUAAUACUUUGAAACUUACGCCCGAAAAAUUAGCUGAAUGGUGCAAACGACGUGCAUCAAAUACAUUGCCUUUAUCACAAGCUUUUCGUAAAGAAUCUUCCUCUUCUCAACUCUCUUCACCUGAUCAGAAUCAUCAUAAUAAUGAUUCACAACUAUCGUCAAAUGACUCUUCUUCACAGCAGUCAACUAAUUAUUGCACGCUUGACCCUCAUGAAAUGGAUGUAGGUGCAUUAUUCGCUAUAUUAACUAACAAUCUUGUUCAUUAUUUACAUACAUUUCAUGUUUUUGCACUCGUAUUACAGCACCGUUUGGAAACGAUUGAAGCAUCCAUAGAACAAAUUCAAGAAUCCCAACUUUAUACUAAUCAAGAUCUUGACUAUCUUGAAAAAUCUUUAGAAUAUUUCGAAGACGAAUUAGCCGUGGCACGUG